AUGUUUUAUAAUCUAUUGGAAAGAUUACAAGCAGCUUCUGAUUUAUUGAGACAAGUUGUUAGAUUUUUGUCUUUGGUAAGAUGUAUAGAGAAUCAAUUAUCUGAAAUUGACAAUGAUGAUAAUAAUAGUGAAGAUAAUAAUAGAGAUAAGUCAGCUCAUUAUUUAGAGCUUGCAACAAACCUAAGUGAAUUAGAAACAUUGUUGCAAGAAGUAAAUUUUGAUGGGAUAAAUUGUGUUCAGACAAAUUUAUAUAUAAUCCAAAAAGCAAGAAUAAAAAUAAAACAUGGAGCUCUACAAUCAUUAGAAAAGAAAAGUAUCCAAUAA